GUUUCUCGCCGGCGUGUUUUUGUGGACGGACCACUGUCGCCCUACAGCCAGAUAGCAGCUUGACAGGUGAUGGAGUUUGCGGAGCUGAUAAAGACGCCCCGGGUGGACGGCGUGGUCCUGCACCGGCCCUUCCUGCCCACCGUGGAGGGGACACUGUGUCUGACGGGCCACCACCUGAUCCUGUCGUCCAGACAGGACAACACCGAGGAGCUGUGGCUGCUGCACUCCAACAUCGACUCCAUCGAGAAGAGGUUCGUGGGCUCUUUGGGAAGCAUCAUCGUGAAAUGCAAAGACCUGAGAGUGAUCCAGCUGGACAUCCCUGGAAUGGACGAGUGUCUGAACAUCGCCAGCUCCAUAGAGGCCCUGUCCACGCUGGACUCCCUCUCCCUGAUGUACCCGUUCUUCUACCGGCCCAUGUUCGAGGUCAUCGAGGACGGAUGGAACUCAUUCCUUCCUCAGGACGCCUUCAGAGAUCUGGAGUCGAUGACAGACGAGUGGAGGCUGAGCGAAGCCAACAAGGACUUCAGUGUUUGUCCGUCGUACCCUCCUCUGGUCGCCGUGCCUAAAGACGUGGACGACGACACGCUGAGGAAAGUCGCAACCUUCCGCCACGGCGGCCGAUUCCCGGUGCUGAGCUACUAUCACAAGAAGAACGGGAUGGUGAUGAUGCGAGCAGGACAGCCGCUGACAGGAACUAACGGACGGCGCUGCAAAGAGGACGAGAAGCUGAUCAACGCCACUCUGCGUCCAGGAAAACGAGGAUACAUCAUCGACACCCGAACCAUCAACGUGGCUCAGCAGGCCAAAGCUCGAGGAGGAGGCUUCGAGUCCGAGGCCAACUACCCCCAGUGGAGGAGGAUCCACAAGGCUUUAGAGAGGUCCGAGCUGAGCUUCAGUUUCAUUGGUCUGGUUCAGAAGCUAGAUGGAAAAAUCUGAAGCGGGUUUAAAGGCACAAAGUGACUCCAGUUAUCAGCUGGAAACUAUAAAAACAGAAAGAAUCAGCAGCUUUUUAAACUUUACACUGACACUGGAGCAGCGUAGAGAUCUCAUAGUCCAUCAGAACCACUUCAUCCUACGUGUUAGGGUUAGGAACAUCUUUCUACUGAUGGUGGAACAUCUUUCUACUGAUGGUGGAACAUCUUUCUACUGAUGGUGGAACCUGUCCCUCCUCACCUGUUUGUGUUCACCUGUCCCCCCUCACCUGUCCAGGCAGGUCAUCCCUUCCAGCAGCGCUGUGCUCAGUCGGCCUUCUCCAACAACAAGGCUCGUCUGGAGGCUCCGGUCUUCCUGCUGUUCCUCGACUGUGUCUGGCAGAUCCUGCGUCAGUUUCCCUGCUCCUUCGAGUUCAGCGAGAGCUUCCUGGUGCUGCUGUUCGAACACGCCUACGCCUCUCAGUUCGGUACUUUCCUGGGAAACAGUGCGGCGGACCGAUCCAAACUGUCGCUGCCAGAGAAGACGGUGUCUCUGUGGUCGUGGGUGAAUCGUCCUCAGGAGCUGGAGCAUCUGACCAACCCUCUGUACGAAGCCAACAGUCUGGUGAUCUGGCCGUCGGUGGCUCCUCAGAGCCUGCUGCUGUGGGAAGGAGUGUUCCUCCGCUGGAACCGGUCGUCCCGGUGUCUGGACGAGGCGUACGAGGAAAUGGUUCACAUCAUCGAGUACAACAAGGAGCUGCAGGACAGAGUGAACAGUCUGCGCAGGCAGCUGGCCGAGCUGGAGACCGAGGACCCUCUGCUGCAGGCCUCGUAACGGGCCGGUUCCGCUGGCUCCAUCCAGAACAUCAGCCCAAACAUCAGUCGGUGUCAUAAUCAGCCGUAACUGCUCUGAUGUCCGACCCGCUUUAAGAAAAACACGUUUCACAGCCGACACAUAUUUCUGCAUUAAUCAGCUGUUUGGUUCCUCAGAUGUCUUGUUUGGUCCAAAGAUGAUUUGUUUACUGUCACAGAGGACAGAACCAGUCGUACUAAAAAUGACUCCAGUCGCUACUUACAGGAGGUGGAAAUGAAUUCAGUAAUCGAUUAAUGGUUGCAGGUCCUGUUAGUUCGUUAAAGCUAAGCAGGGAGAAGUUGAAGCUCCUGGUGUUCAGGAGGUCACAUCAACACACCCCCACACUCACGCCGAUAGGCUGAACCUGACAGAAGCUGCACGUAUACAAUCUGUGGGCGUCUGGAAACGCCUGGAGGACAGAAGCUGUUCACUCCUGGAUGUAUACGGGGCUGCAGCGUUGCCAUGGCAGCACAUAGGCCGCUGUCAGGCAGCAGGUGACAUGAAGAGCGUCGGGAGGUCGGCACCUGCUGCACCGUACAGACCACAUGUAACAUACGUGAUGCUCAGCACACGCAUCCAGCUCUCAGAAUCGUCACAUUCAUUGAAGGCGACCUCGUAGAACCGUGACCUCGCUCCCCACCGCAGCAGCUGUUGAUCCAACUUCAGUAAACGAACGAUGCAGUCGUGCUGCCGUUUCCAUGACAACAACAUCCCUAUUGUCAGCCAUCACACGGAGGCUACAGAACGUCGAGCUGAAGUGAGACCGUAUAGAACUUAGACUUAUAUAAGCACGUUGUUGAACGUAUGGGAGGUUUAACAUUCAGAACCGAAGCACUUGGUGUGUAAACGUGUGUGAAGCCGUUCUGAGAUAAAAACACGUAGCAGGACGUGUUGGUCGGCACUCUGUGGCCACGUCAGAACACAGGUGUGUCUGAAAUGCCAACGUGACCCGCUGACGCUCAGGUUGGACGAAGCUUCGUUCCGUUUGUUCCUGCCGACGCUUCAGUCCGUGUGUGAGAAGCUCUGACCAGUCGCUUCCGGUGAGCAGAUCUCCCAUCAUGUGGUCGGCGGAGCCACAGCAGCAGUGUGUGAUUAAAAACCCGUCAUCAUGCAGCAGGAGGCUUUGCUCCGUGUGGAGACGUUCAAGCUCGGCUGCUGUCAACACGCAAACCGAUCAGAAACGUUCAUGCAGCUCCGCAAACAAUACAGAAAACGUUUCUGAAUGAGUCCCACCAGCAGGUCGGUGUUUCAUUCUCCAGCUGUCACUAAACGCCUUCACUGUCAGAAAUGUUGCACAAUCUGCAUCUAAAUAUAAAGUUUAGGAAACACAAAGGAGUCAGAACCAGGUUCUGCAGCUGUGUGGAGCGACCAGAAGGUUCCGACUGUUCAGUAGAAAAACUACAAUCUAACUGUCACCUCAGUGUCAGAGCUGCUCUGCUCCGGAGCUCCUGCAACGCUUCAGCUCAAGUCCUAAUCUGGAAACAUAUCAGCUCCAUCUGCUGUUAAUCAGCUGAAACUGAAUCAGUGUUUGGACGUUCUCAGGACGUUCCAGCAGAACUCUGGGUUCAGUCUGGAGGCUGACCAGGUGGGUGCUGAAGAAAACACACUCAUGUCCUGAAAAGGGAAAAACUUCAAAUGUCCAAAAUAACUAAAUAACUAAAUCUGUCCAAACCACUCAAAAUGUGUUAAAGAUGAUUCAGGAUUUGUCCACAACGUGUCCACACCUGCUUCAAACUGAUUCAAAGGACUUGUUCUGCCCAAAGCAGGCAACAGCAGGACGUCAUAGAAACCAGUGGAUGGUGAGUGAAAGGCGUCCGGCGGUCCGAUUCCAGGGAGCUCGUUAACGUAACGACCGGCUGCAUGUCUUCUGUUCACCUCGUUAAAAUGAACCGCGUUCUUCUUUCACCGCUUUAGUUCCUGUGAAGUUUCACUGCAUUAAAGCCUUUUGGAGUCUGUGAUCAUCACUACAGGCAGCUCGUGCUUCUGUCCAUGUGGCCUCUGAGCUUGAUUUUAAUUAAACAUUUAUUAUGCUUGAAUUAUGAGAGAACUGUAAAUGAUUGUUGCUUUGUGCGACGCCUUGCUGUCCAAUCAGAGCGCAGAGUAAAGGCGUGUUUGUCUGCUUUAACGUCUCUGUUCAAAAUGUUGAAAUGUUUUUAAGCCAUUAAAUAUUUACAUCACAAA